UGGUUUGAUGAACUGCAGGUCUGCCUGACUUAGUCCCGGAUCCCUAUUACAUCCAGGCGUCCACAUAUGUGCAGAGGAUGUCUAUGUAUAAUUUGAGAUGUGCGGCUGAGGAGAACUGCCUGGCAAGUUCAGCUUAUCGAGCAGAUGUUAGAGACUACGAUAAUCGAGUGCUCCUGAGAUUCCCCCAAAGAGUGAAAAAUCAAGGCACAUCAGAUUUCCUACCGAGCAGACCCCGAUAUUCAUGGGAGUGGCACAGCUGUCACCAGCAUUAUCACAGCAUGGAUGAAUUCAGCCACUAUGACUUGUUGGAUGCAAGCUCACAUAGAAAAGUUGCUGAAGGGCACAAAGCAAGUUUCUGUCUGGAAGAUACCUCCUGUGAUUAUGGAUAUUACAGACGAUAUGCAUGUACUGCACACACACAGGGACUGAGCCCUGGCUGUUACGACACUUACAAUGCUGAUAUAGAUUGCCAGUGGAUUGAUAUUACAGAUGUAAAACCUGGAAAUUACAUUCUGAAGGUUAGUGUAAACCCCAGCUAUUUGGUACCUGAGUCUGAUUACUCCAACAAUAUAGUACGCUGCGAUAUACGCUAUACAGGCCACCAUGCAUAUGCCUCUGGCUGUACAAUUUCACCAUAUUAAGAAAGAUGCAAGAAAAUGGAUGAGUCAGUGCCAAGUGUUUUGAACUGAAGUAUCAUUAUAUAAACUUCAAUAGGACGUAAACACUAUAGAAACAAAACUACAGAACAUACAUGCAUACACCCACAUACCUUAUGUGAUUCUGAAGCACUUCAGCUGCUUCAACAAAAUCUGUAACUGGAUUUUAAGCAUUUGAAUUAGCAUUCUUUUUUAAACUAUUGAAAUGUGUGGAACUGGUGAUUCAUGCACAGAUUUGUUUAUAUUUUGAAAAUCUAAUUCAUUCAUAGGAACAUGAGUGUUUCUUAACUCCUGAAAAUUUGGAGUUCAGGUGAUAAUAGACUUCAGCCAGAAUAUUACUGGUGAAUGAGUUGAACAUAUUCUAAAAGGUAGCAAAACUUUAUGUAAAAUGCAUUAAAUAAAAUGCGAUAGAAAGUAUAAUACCAGCUAUUUCAGAAAAUACCAGAAUGAAAAUCAAUUUGAGAGUAAUGGUACAAUGCCAUUAAAAUAAAACUCACUAGGACGCAUUGAUAUGAACGAGAAAAGCAUGUUCAGUUUUCAAGGGAUAUUAAAACAUAGCAGAGAAACACAUAGCUAUCAGUUAUACCCCGUGAGGAAAAUUAUGUUUACAUUUUUAAUACAUUAGAAAUUUUAUUUUAAAUCACACACGAAUGGGUUUUUGAAAUAAACCUUUUUAUCUUUGGCAGUCAAAUUAGAGACCUGAUCCACCUUUUUAUGUUGAACAGAUUUUUCAAAGUGGGGCUUUUAAAAAGAUUUCUGCACACAUAAUGGCAAUUAAAAUGAAUAUCUGUCAAGAAGAAAUAGGGCUCUUAAAAGAGAUGAAGAAGAGUCCCUGAUGUAGUCAUCUGUGAAAAAGCAACCAACUUGAACAGGUUAACCAUUAAAAUAAUGCAGGCAAUUAACUCAGGUGGCACCACAAACAGAAGUAGGUCAGAAUCUCUAACGUGGAAUUUUUAUUGUGAAAAAGCCUACUACCUGCUUCCCCCUUAAGUACUGUACUUGACUUUUAAAAUGCUAUCUCAGUAUUCAGACAAUGAAGUGGAAAAUGUACUAUAUAGAGGAAGAACAAAAGUAAAUAUAUUUAACAUAUCCUACCUUAGGCCGUUCAGGAACCAAAUACAGCAUUCUAAACGGGAAAAACUUCAGCCCAAAUUACUUACUGGUGCUGGAUAUACCACCACGCCCCCCUCCCCCUGCACAUUAUUUUGUUUUUGCAGUGCACCCUGCUGUAACUAAAAUAGCUGUGAUUUUGUUCUUAAACUGUGAAAUAACAUAUCACAAGAAGAUCUGGUGUUUUUUUUCAGAAGAUCACAGAUCAUGUAAAAUGAAGGACUUUUGAAAGGAAGUAGCUUAGAAAUAAUUCAUUGAUAUCAACAGUUCAAAACAUCAAAUUAAACAAAUUAAAGCUCAAAUUCAAAAUUUUGUUUAAAAUAUGUGCUAUUGAUUAUAGUUAAAAUGAAGAAUCUGAGGAAUAUGGAGAGGCUUUAUUAUCACUUCUGAGAAUACUUUAGGCAAUAUUUGUCUAAAGCAUUUUAUGCAAUAUAACCCUACAAAUUUAAUGUGGAAAUGGUAUGAAUUAUAACACCGCCUUUGAAGGAUCAACUUCUUCUUUACUUCAUAUAUUUAAGUUUAUUUCAUGAUUAUUAAGUCCUUCCAUCUCAAUUGUAACUAUGCUGCAAACUUGCACAAUUAGAAAGUCUAUGUAAAGAAGCAGAAUCCAAGAACCAGCAACCCAGUGCUUGCUACCCAAGAUUACAUGUGGGUACAGAAUGAUUAGGGUUUAUACCUGCAGGUCCCCUCUUGUUUGUUCAGAGAUCCAUUUUAGUAACCAACCACCAGUAUGGGAACCUAACAGGAGCAAAAUUUAAAAACUAGAUUAGAAACCCAUUUGUUAUAUGCAGCUGCAAAAUAAGGGUUUGUUAGCAGUUUAGACUUCUGAAAUCUCAGCCCAAAGGCUUUUUGAGAGGAAAAGGUCUGAGGGAAGAAAGUGCAUUUUCACCUGUCACCCUUCUAGACACUUAGGUCAAAGUUGGCAUAACUGACUGCAACUUGGGCAACAGACCCAGAAAUUACUAUACUGCAAACCAGGCUGCGAGCACAAACUGCUUCCUAGUAAGAGCUCUCACACAUGUUCACCUUGUUGUGCCUGACAGCAAGCAAGCGAUAAGAGAAAGCUAAUUGGCCACAGAGCAGCCAGCAGAAAUUGAAUUUACACUACACCUUACAAGGCAGUAACCUGUUCACGUGUCUACACUCCAACUGCCUGCAGCGCUCCACUGAACUCAGUAAGGACCAGAGGAGCGCAAAUACCUGCCUAGGUGGAGCAAGUUGUAAUAUUGGACUUAGUCCUUUCAAUGAGAACAGCCUGAAUCAGGAAAAUGUUGGACACCAGUAGCUUUAGAAAAUUGUUAGGGCACAGUACACGGAAGUAAGAUUAACUGCAUUACUGGGGGGCUGUGUUCUAGGUAAGUGGCACCUACUGCCUGUCAAUGUACUGGCAUUUGUGGGAUGUUGUACCUACAAAGAUGUAGUUCUUCUCCUUAACAAAAUAUCGUACAAGUUUUGAAAAGUAUGUUACACAACAUGACACCAAUGUAUAAAAUAGCACAAAUAGAGGGAUCAUCUAUUUAAAAGAUAAGAACUGGAAUUCUUAGAAUUAAAAAUGAAGAAAUGUGACUUCAACUUCCCCCAUUGAGCUAUAAUAAAUGCUAGAAAAGUUGAAGAGUGAUUAUAUAGCACAUGAAGAAGCAUUUCAAAAUAGGGGAGCACCAACCAGUAUUUUCAGUAAUUUGGCUCUGCAGUUUUGACCCAGACACCUUAACCUACUUUUUUCAUACUGGAAUCAUAUUUAAGCGAUUACUUGCAUUUUUGUUGAAAAACAUUUAUAAAAACUGUUUUGAUAAAAAGUUUAUUUUAUAAAGAAAAUUCUAUUUUCAAAUCCUUUCUAUCAGGCAUAGGGCUUGUCUCUAUUGUCUGUGAAAGGGGUCUUGCCAUUGGUCUAAGUGGGAGCAAUAUCAGACUUAAAUUUUGUGAAAAUUCUAGUUCAAAACUGCUGUCUUGCAGUUUCUAAUGUCCUUUGAAAGGCCAAACUUAAAAAUGUGCGUGAAGCAAUUACCUCCCACAUUUCAGAUCUUUCAAUAAAAAUUGCACAUAAGGAAUAUUCUGAACACCAGACUCAUUACAGAAGGGCUUUGUUAUUUUUUUUUAAAUUUUGAAAAACAUUUGAUAUUUGCAUAUUUCUAGACAAAAGUGUAACAAAAAAUGACAGAUUGGUCACCAAUUGAACCAACAUACUGUGUAGAUUUUUUUUAUGUUAGUAAAAGCCUAUUCAUUUUCUCUCUGCUCCAGAGUCUACUAUGCAGCAUUGAAGAGGUACAAACAUCAAGGGUACCCUCUUAGUCAUUCUUACAUGGUUUAUAUUGUACUUAUUCAAACCAGCAGGGCUAAUUUCAUUAAAUGAGACAAUGAAAGAUGGUUUAUCCUGUGUCUCACAUUUAUGCCAAUAUGGCAUUUUCAUAUUCUCCAAAUUCCAGAAGGUGCUGAAAUAUUUUAACUUGAAUUAAAACUGAAGAGUAUGCUAUUGGGAGGUUUUUAUUAUGCAACUAAAUGCUACAGAUACAGUGAAAUGCCACUUGUUUUUUGCAACUUUUUGAAGGGUUUCCAUUAUCUCCUUCACUUUUCUUCCAAGAGUCUUAAUUUCAAAAACUUUGCAUCUUUAUCUGAAGAGCUCUUAUUUAUAAUAUUCAGACACUAGCUUCGUAUUCUUCAUUGCACUUUCAUAUUCUUGUGUUACAUGCCUGUAUUAUGGUUGCAAGUUUAUGUGAAAAUGACUUGAAUAAAAUGUUUCAAGCGUUCA